GUUCCCGGUGGGGCCGCAUUCACCGCAGCACCGCCCGCCAGUCCGGCAGAGCGAGGGGAGCGGUGGUGCCGUGUUGUGCCGUGCCGCCGGCAGGGUUUGGUGACUGAAAACCUGCUAGUGGUAAUUUCUAUGCCUGCGGAGCACUGCAUCUGUUCAUCUAGCAAUGUCCAAAGCUCACCAGUGGACUUUGAGCUGUGUGUGGACUUGAAACCUGGGUUCUGACAGUGCUACAUGGAGUCCUUUGCUAACAGAGGCAAAUAGAACAUCUUCACAUCAAGACUUUAGAAAUAUAGCAUCUGCAGAAGAAAUGGCAGUUUUCCUGUGGAAAAACAUAUUUCAUACUACAAAGGGGAGGAUGCUACAGCAGAAAAGGGCAUCUCUGUAUAAUGGUGCUCAUGGCUAUGACGAAGAAUUGAUAAAGAAGAAACUUCAGCAGUUUGCUGGUGGAUCCGUCAACCUUUCCAAAGAGCACAGUGGCAUUGGAAUACUUACCUUGAACAACUCCCGGCUAAUGAAUGCCUUCACAGGCACUAUGAUGCUAGAACUCCAGGAGAGAGUAACUGAACUGGAAAACUGGAAGGAUGGCAAAGGCCUUAUCAUCUGUGGUGCAGGGAACACUUUUUGUUCAGGAUCUGAUUUGAAUGCUGUCAAAGCAAUAUCCAAUUCCCAGGAUGGGAUGAAUAUGUGCAUGUUUAUGCAGAAUAUCUUAACCAGACUCAUGAGGUUGCCAUUGAUCAGCAUUGCACUAGUCCAAGGAAAAGCUCUUGGAGGAGGAGCAGAACUUACCACAGCAUGUGAUUUCAGGUUGAUGACGCCAGGCAGCGAGAUUCGAUUUGUCCAUAAGCACAUGGGCCUGGUGCCAGGCUGGGGAGGAGCCGCCAGGCUGGUGCAAAUUGUUGGCAGUAGAGCUGCCCUCCAGCUGCUGAGCGGGGCUCGUGGGGUGGACCCUGAGAGAGCGCUGCAUCUCGGGCUGUCAGAGGGGACCUUGUCUUCUUCAGAUGAAACUGAAUCACUAGAAGAAGCUCGAGCCUGGCUGAGUCAGUACACAGAGGGUCCAGCUAGUGUGAUUCGAGCUGUGAAAAUGGUGGUCACAGCUGGAAGAGAACUGCCGCUGGAAGCUGCCUUAAGGACAGAGAAGGAUGUUUUUGGAACUGUGUGGGGUGGGCCUGCCAAUUUGGAGGCACUGGCUAGAAGACAAAAGCAUAAGUGAUUGUCAAUAUAUAAUAAAUAUUCUUGAUAUUUUACACACGAAGCUUUCACCAAAGCAGAUAAUAGAUUGAAUUGUUUAGUGCCACUUUAAAGGAACAAGUUCUUCACAUUCCUGUCAUUCAUGUCUGGCAGACAUAUUUGGUGUGCAACCACACAGUAAUCCCCAGAAGAUCCCUUACUGUUUUAAUCACCUACUGAAUGAAGAUUAGUGAAAUUCCUAUGUAAAGGUAAAUACUGUGCUUAGAAUAGAAUCUAAUUAUUUUGGAAUGAAGCUGAAGAUUAUUUUCUUUGGAAUAAUUUUGUUUUUUUCUAACUGGUAUAGAAAUGAAUUGUGUGAGAGAUGAGAGGUUUCUUUAUUUACAGAACAGGUGUGCCCAAAGCUCUAAAAGUUCUAAAACCUUAAAGCAACUUUGAAGCUUUGAUAUCUGGUAAGAGUAUCGUUUUUUCAUCUUCAGUCAGUUCUUGGUAUAAUUGUUCAGAAAGUAUACAAGGAUGUGUUACUUUUUAGGUUUUUGGGUUUGUUUUUUUUUUUUUUAGAGAAAUUGUUCUAACUCACUGAAGGGCUUGUAGACUUUAUUUGCUGUUGUGGAUCCAGAUCUGUAAGUGCGUUUAGGUGUCUACUCACAGCUUUGGAAACCAGCUACCAACAUAUGCAUCUGUGCAUUCUCACAGCAUUGGUCUGUGUUGCUGGGCACAAGCAAAGCUGCUGACAUCAUUUUUCACUUUGAAUCUUCUUGAAAUUUUAGAAGAUUAUGGUGUAUAAUGCUCCCCAAAUACAAUUAUUUUAUUUUUUUUUAGCAAGAUGCUCUCGGUACUUCAGCAUUCAUGGGAGACGUGUCUGGAAGGACUUGUUUUCCUAUUACUGGUAGUACUGUUUGGGCUGUGAGAGACCAGAUCAUUGGAACUCAGUAACCGUGUGUAUGGGAACCGUUUGGUCAUGGCCUGAACCAGUGAUUGAGCACCUGGUGAAGGAACACAGCCAGCCCUGGGAUCACAGGUGGAAGCAAUUCACCAGUGCAACCAGAAGGGGUGAACACAGGGUUUGCCCCUCACUAACCUCAUUUAAGGGCUGGCAUCAAAAGGGAAGCAACUCUACUUGAAGAUCAUCUCCCCUGGUUGUUUCUAGGGAGCCCUGAUCUUUGGAAAAGGGGUAAGCUAUUCAUUCUUUAUUACUGGAUUGUGACUGUUACCUUUCCUGGGUGAUUCGAAACUGCUUAAAGGCAACUGUAUCAACUGCCACUUUUCUUACACCAUACUGGUGUGACUGUGUGAAUUACUAGAUAACUCAGCAGGGAGAGUUUUUCCUUUAGAAAUUAGAAACUGACACAGAGUCCCUGCUUUGGCUGAUGAUUCUUCAUUUAGAGUGCAGCAUCUGUGAAAGCAGAAAUGUACAGGCAUAUCCAUAACUGAGAAUUUCCUAUACAGCUGAUCACCUUGUCUCUCAAUCCAGUGAUGAUGAGGGCUGGACCUGGGACCCACGUACCCCAGGGGAGCAUGUUAAGGAGGAAACUCUGGACUAUUUGGCAUGGAUGUGCAUUCUUGCUCUCACUAAGCAUUACUAACUAGGUGCAUGGUUCAGAGUUCCUUAGGAAAAGGAAGUGAUUCCUUGCAUGAAAAUUCAUGUUAUGAUUUUCACAGUGUGGUAGGAUUACCAAGCUUGAGACAGUGAGGUAACUAUAUGUAGGUUUGAGGAUUUGGGGACAGAUCAGUGACAGAGAAUCAGGCUAAAUGGCCAGCUAAGAUUCUGUAGCUUUUGAGUAUAUGCUACUUUCUGCUGGGUAUUUUAUUAUAUGGCUUUCACAGUGGGGAGUGUAGCAUAAAGCAACCAAAAGAAAUGCUGAAGAAAGGGGUGUGUUUUGAGCUGGCAACUUGCAGAAGAUGAGCAACUUUGGCCUGUUGAUCCCUCCUUUCCGCCUUUGCAUGUUAUACUACUUUCAGAGGAUGAUUUCACACCUCCCUAUCCUAAAAAUAAUGUUUGUGAGUUUUUUACUUCCAGAUUAGAGAUGGGAAUAGGAAUACAGGGAGAGGGUAUUGUCUAUUAUGUGCUUUCCCUCUUCCCCUUUCUUCUCUAGCAGCUCAUUGUUUAAUAGCCCUGUGCUGGUGGGUGUUUUCCUAUACUCUAGAGAGUUUCAACCCCAUGACUUAAGAAAUAAGGAUGCUUUAAUAUAGUAAGGGAAUACUUGAUUCAUUUGUAAUGAAGCUGAUUUGCUUUUCAUGAAGUCUCUCAAUCCCUGAGGGAUUCCAGAUUGCCCAUCUGUCUGUACCUUCAAAGCAUGUUCCGGUCCACGUUCCCUCCUCCUCAUGCCCUAUUCAACUUUGUGAAGCAAUAGCACCUCACGUUGUCAGUCAAAAAAAUGUGCUUUUUUCUAUGGCAAGUAAGUAGGCCUCUGCCACCAACAAUUUGCCAAGUUUGCUGUUGCUAAUAUUGUGAUUUUUUUUAAUUUUUUUUUUUUUUUUAAUAGCUGUGAAUAUUUGAACCUAAUAAAGGCCACUUGUAUCUCUUUUUUUAAAAUCAAAGUGCUAUAAGGCCCCCAGUAGUAUAUUCUGUGAACUGAGUGAUACAAAUUGGGUAGGAAACCGCAGUGGAAAUGCUGCAUCUGUUUAAUGUAUACAGUUUGAACUAGACCUGUGCUGUCAGUAAGUGAAACUAGGUACGUAUGUACAUCUUAUAUGCACAAGAGUCCUCUUUCCAGUUUGAUGUAUAGGCACGGAGCUGCUUGUUUCAGCAAAUGCCUUUCUCCAGCAAUCCCAGUGCUUGUUACUAAGAACUGGACGUGUAAUCAACUGGUGCUAGAACAGCCAAGACGCUGUCAGAAAAGGUUACAGGAAACUCAUUUUUGCCCUCUCAGUUGGAAUCGCAAAUACACCAAACACUACUGUAGGAGAUUCUCGUAAUUAUAGGUGUUUGCUUUGAUCAAAGAUUUGGUGCACAGUCUAAUACUGUAUUAUUCUUCUUCAUUUUAAAAAAUAAGUACAGUCUUUACUAUGAAAACCAGCCUAACUAAAUUACUGUGAGUGCUAUCAUGAGGGCUCCAGACUGAGAUGAAAUGGAAUCCCAUUUUAGAGAUUUCAAACCUAAGUGGUCAAUUUCAGAGCACUUGUCAUCCUGAAGUGCCAAAUACCUGUAACCAGCAGCUAAUAGGCAUUUAUAUUUUCUUUAAAUUUGUUAAAGACUACAUGCUGCUAUUCCUUUAGAAAUGAUCUAAAACUGAACAAGCACCAAAUGCACAAAAUGAAUUAGAAACCCAAUUCAGAAUUGAUUCUCCCUGGUCUCCUAAUUAAAAGGAGUACUAGCUUUUGUAUUUUCUAGGGGCUGAUUUGCCAUCUCUCUCCUCAGCAAACGAGGUUUUCUAUUCCAUUGUGAAAUGCCUGUCUUAUUUCUUCCCUCUGUGUAUUGGGACACUCUUGAGUGCUUAAAGUGCAUGGAUUCUUAGCUGAAAGCUUGAAUACUGUCACGCUGGGGAUCACUUCUAGCAAUAUUGAUACUUCCCCAUAUUUGCUGCUACCCAACCUUUGGCAGGAAUAUACUUACCCAGGUAAGCUUGGUGCUCCCCCUGCUUCAUUAAAGAAAAAUAUAUGCAGUGUAGCUGUAACUCGGCUAAAAUAGAUGCAGAAUAAGUUUACUACUGAAGAUAACAGUUUAAAUAUAAGGUGGGAAUUACUGGUUGCUACUUCUUCCUUGCAUGAUCUGGGAGAGGGUUUGCCACUCUCAUUAGCUGUUAAGCUCCCAUCAACCUUACUUUAAUUUUAGUAAUUCGUAGCUGCAGUCAACCCUAGGGGGGGAGCCAAAAGCAGUACUGAUGGGUGUUUGGCCUGAACAGAAGUCUGUUUCUGCUUUGGUCAAAAACCCUACUGGAUAAUCACUGAUAAAAUUCAUUGUGUAUAUGGGUGUAUAUAUAUAUAUAUAUAUAUUUUUUUUGUACUGAAACUCCUCAAAUUAAGUAUACAGCAGGUCCUGUACUUUGCCUCUUGCUUUAACAGGGCGUGACCUUACCCUAAGUGAAAUGCAUGCAAACACUGGAAGCAUUCUUACUACUUUACAGCACAAAGUUAGACUUUGAUUAGAACUAGUGUAUGGUACUCAAAACAAAA